UCCAUCCACUCCUUCACAUCCCACGUCAUUAUAUAAAGUAGAGCGUGGUUUCAAUCAACCUGGUCGCGAGACCCUGCCGACAACAUGCCGGCCUUCCAAGCCAUCAACGUCGAAGCCGAGGAGAACUCCGAUGAUGAGGUCGACACCACCCGCGAGCUUCAUGUCGACGAGGCCCUCAAACGCUUCCAAAAUGCCUUGAAGCUGCAUGCUCAAGGCCCUCGAUUCUUCGACGAAGCCUCUGACGCCUACGACGAUCUCUUCAAGUCCGAAAUCUUCAAAUAUCCCGAGGCCUCCACCGAGUACGACAGAGCAGAAAGGCAACCAGAUCAGUUAUUAGCCGAUUCCGCUCUCGCCGGCAGCCUAGACCUCCAAUCCACCGAUGUUGAUACCACCGGCAGCAGUCUUCCCCAGGCUUUCUUCCUCGCAUACAAGAAUCGCGGUCAAUUUCUCCUUGAUCGCACCCGCCAUGCAGCCCGAACCUCCGGAGACGAUGCGUUUUCUUACUUCGAGAAAGAUGAUGCCCUCCAAAACAUGCAUAGCGCUCUGGUCGACUUCAGUGCCGCCCUUGACCGCGAUCCGUCCGAUGCCGAGUUGUGGCGCCGCACGGCUCGUGUUGCUGCUUCUUUGAAGAGUUCAAGGAUCAACAGAUACUGCCUUGAAUCUGCUAUCGAACUCGACGAUGAUCCCGCCGUUCUCGAGGUUGAGCCACCAUCUUUGGCAGAGGGAUUCGCCGGACAACAACUCAAGGACCAGCUGCAAGCCCUGUCGGACGAGGUCGCCUUGUCUCACCCCAUCAUGGGCCCUUGGGUAAAGAGAGACAUGCCCGACUUCAUCAAACGACACAUCGACCCAAUCCCGUAUUUGCCGAAUCCGAUCAAAGAGACUGGGUCCGCUCGCACCAAUGUCGAGGAAGUGGGCGUCACCCGUCUCACUGUAGCGGUCCCGACUGCAUCAUGGGCUGAUUUGGGUAUGGCACUUGUGCAGUUCAUACUCGAAAAGGGUCAGACCAGCCGCGGCAUCGUCAUUGAGCUUCCUGAAACGGAUGACGACGAGGACGUUGUCAUGGAAAGUCAACCGGAGCAGGAUGCUCAACCCAACGGUUCGCACGGCAAAGAUAAGGAUGAGAACUCAGUACAGGAGGACAAGCAGGAAACUACGGAAAAGACAGAGAGUGUUGAGCCCGUUCCGAAGGAAACCCCCAAACCUGCUGAGAGCACUCGCAAGGGUCGAAGCGCCUCCCAGCCCUCUCGAAAGCGAUCACAUUCAGCAGCUGGCAUUCCCGAGGGCCAAGAGGAGGAGAGCCUCGUCGAAAAAAGGAGCAAGCGGAUUAGGAGGCGAGAGACUGCAGCCGCGGAAGAGGUUCCGGACCCAAGCGCCGUCCUUGCGUCCCAGCUGGCCCCUUACCAAGCCACCGACCAAAACUUGUUCCAGGCCACCAAGAACAUGCUGGAAAACAUUGGAGUCACGAACCAGGACACUCUAGACCGGAUCAGCGAGGUGUUGGAUUCGCUUGCUGCAGAGGAACGGGGCGCUUCCAUCAAGAAUCAAGCAACCAUGGAUCUCCGCAAUGCGAUCGUAUCUUUCAGUGAGGAGAAUGCGAAGAUCUUGCUCAACAAACAGGCACAGGCGUCUCUGAGCCUAUCAUCUUUUCUCGAACAUGCCAAGGGGGGGUCUCAAAAGAUGUCAAUCAUACCACCCUUCAAGGACACGCAGGGCAUCACUGCUUUUGUAAAGCGAGUGAACUCUUCCUGGAUGACCGCCCAAGAUGUUGCGUACGAAUGGAUCAAGACGAUAUGUCCCAGCUACCUCCAAACAAAAUGGUCAGAUGCCUUGAAGACAGCUGUCGUCCAGGUCAUUAGUAGAUUCGACCAGGAUAUCCUUCAAGCCAUCAAUUACGACCUCGACCGCGCGAGACGAUCAGAUGACGCAAACAAGGAAUUUGGUUUUGUCAAAAAUAUCGUCGAGAUGCUCUUCGAGAUCCAUCUUGACGUGUAUGAGAGAAUUACCAACCCUAAUAGUGUCGUUGACUACAGCAUCCGCGUUGAAGCCAGAGGUCGCUUGGGUCGGUGGCUAGACAUGGCUUCAGCUCUUCUACGGGAUGCUGCAGAAGAAGGCAACAAAAAUCUGACUGGCCGCUUUCUCUGGGCUGCCAUCUUUUCGACGACUCUUACGGAGAACGCGUCGAGAGAGUACAUCCUGCAAUGCUGGACGAGUUUGCGAGAUUUCCUUGCAGAAAGUGAGAUCGAUCAACUAUUCCUUCCGAAUAAUCCGGUGAUACCCGAGAUUUCAGAGGCGGCGGCCGAUAGAGAGAUUUCUAAACUGACCACUAUGGACUUCUUCCUCGGCCUCUUCCAGGAUAAUGUUAGCGACCCAGUCGCCGUCAUUGAUAACCUCGAGCCCGUUUUGAAUCCAGGGUCUGUUUAUGUUACCCUGCCGUCCGAAGAUUCGGCAACAGAGAGAGAGGAAUCGUCUAGCCGCUCCAAGACGAGGAAAGUGCCCAUCAAGGAGUGUGCAAGUCAGAGCCUCCAGGAUCUUUGGAGGUUUCUGCUGGGAACUAGCACAGAACUGCGUCUUUUCCUCUGGACACGGCUUAGCGACGCGUACGCCAGUAUCAAGUAUUCGACGAAACAGUUCUCAUGCCAGCUCAAAGCUAUUGAGAUGCUCACGGCAGACUUGGAAAGCGACAGUUAUCUCAAGAACGCCCCAGAAACGAGACCGCCGUUGGUGUUGAAGAUGCUCAAAUCGCUAGAUGAUCUUCUGAUCACUGCACUUUCUUUGGCUCUGAAUGACAGCUCAGCUUACGACAUCGUCGACGAAGACCAUCUGAAGUCAACAUCAGCUGCUCUCAUCAAAUUGAGCUGCAUGCUGCAUGUAUCAGCGAUGCACGAGGACGAGAUUCGCAUCGGAAUGACACGUGUGCCGCCGAGUAGUCCCUCAUUCCAGCCGUUCCUCAACAAGCUCCGUGAGAUUCAAGUUCGUGUAUGGUGCCUCCAGUACACGGUCGUCAAGGUCGGCGUGAACCAAACCGGAACAAUAUUCCCUAACCCUGAAAUGGAGUUGGCAGACUUCUUGUCCGCGAUUCACCAGGUAAUCGGGCUUAGGAAAUGUUGUAAGGCCUCAAACAAGAUCUUCUUGAAGAUGAUGCGCGUGGAGUUGCUCAAGUUUAAGAAGAUUGAAAAUUGGGAAGACUAUCUUGGGCAGGUGCUUUACGACCUCCACGGUCUCAAACUUGGUGUUGGGGCUGGAGAGGUUCAGGACCAUGGCUGUCCCCCGGAGAAGCUCGAAAAACGCAACGCCAUGCAGCUUGUGGACAAGAUUACGGUACUGGCAAGGAGAAUGCCCCGAAAGGAUCUCCUCAAGUCGGACCUCAAGACGACCAUCGAGCACAUGCAAGGUGCUAUUGGGCAAACAAAGUCGACGCCUCAGAUGAUUCACAACCUGAGGAACUUUGCCGAGUAUCUGAAGCGGCCGAUCCACCCCCUUCGGCUCUAUCAAGCCAUUACCGGCGGUGUUCAGUUGGAUGUCGUUGCUGUAAACACUCCCGAAAGCGCCUUAGCCAGGCAUGGCUGGUUCUUCCUCCUAGGCAUGAUCGCCCUGACGAGGUUUAAGCAGGUGGAUUUGAGCAAGCGGCAAACGCCUGGUGCUACUGACGACUUGCGACUCGCGGCCACUUUCUUGCGGCUCCAACUUCAGUUCACCCCAGAUAAAUGGGAUGCCUGGUUUCGCCUAGCCGAGUGCUUCGACUACGAACUCGAUGAAGCUGUUUUGUGGUCAGCCGACAAAAUGAACAAGGAACGCGGCGAGUUGCUCAAGUUCCAACGGAAUUCGAUCCACUGUUACACGCUUGCGUUGUCCAACUCUUGGGAGGCAGAAAUCGAUGAUGAGGAUGAAGAUCCCCUCUACGGGCUUUACCAUAACUUUGCGAUGCGCCUGUACGCAUCCAGCCGCGAGCCUCUCGCUAUGGAACCCUUCCAACAUGCAGACCAAGAGAGAUUCUUCAUCGAGAGCGAGGGAAACGGAACCUUCCAGAGGGUCCUCCACGACCAGAUGCAGGACUACAAGGUCUGGAAAUACGCAGCUGGCUUGUUCAAACGGGCCAUGAGGCGUAAACCAAUGGACUGGAGGAACCCGUACAUGUUUACAAAAUGUCUUUGGAAAAUGUACCAAAAGCCCAUCGAUCAGCUUAGCCAAAAGGACCGGGAGACCCGCCCAUCGGUUGAGUACUUGAUUUCAGCCCUCGAGCACGCCGUCGAGGUUGUUUCGGCGGUGCCCAAAUCGCGGCAUAGCGAUCCCAUUCUGGAGCCGCACUACAAGAUUGUCUCGAUAGUGUACAAACUGGUCGUUCGAGGCGAGUUGAAGCCACAAGAAGGCGCAGACAUUUUGUCGAGGCAACCAUUUGGCAUGGAACUCGGAGACGAUAUCACUCUCGACGAUAACGAAGAUUGGGAGGAAUACGUGAUCCGAAAUCUGCAUCACCUACGGGAUAAGGACAAGUCUAAUUGGCAGCACCGUAUCAUCAUGCGUCAUGCCCGACUACUUUUCGAUGAGGAUGGCGAAUCGCCCGAGCUUGUGCAAGCCAAGGCAGCCUUCAACGUCCUUAGAGAAUCCAUGUUUACCAAGACAAUGGUAAUGAAUGUCUGGAAGUGCGAUGCGGAGCGUUCUGGACGACACCACGUGUAUACGUCCCAGUACAUUCGUUUCAUGGUGAAGAUUCUGGUGGUCAUGAACGACAGAGUGAACUUGGAAAUGGUCCUCCGGCGUCUUCGGAAGAAGGGCGCCGACUUUUACCACUUUGGCGACUUGUGGCAGAUGUGCUCUAUGGCUUACCUCAGGCUGCUGCGGCAGGGCUUCCAAAUUGCUCCCACCUUGGAAGACGCUUUCAAGUCGACUUCGAUGGAAGAGCUGGAAAUUAUGGCAGAUCGGAUUACAGAGUGGGCUGGAGGUCCAGCAACGGACAUUCCUGCCUUCAACUGCCUGAAGGAGACGAUCGAGUUGAAGAAGCUCAACGGCGGUCUCAUGAAGGCUGGGGCGAUUGACGACCUUAUCAACGACUGUUACGCCAUCAUUUACCAGGAGAUUGGUCCUUCGCUGCCCGGCCCUGAACCCCACGAAGUUCUCGAGGCGCGCGCAAGGGCUCGUGCCAGGGAAGAAGCCGAUGGAGGCAUCGAGCUCAAGCCAUCUACUUCCUUGGGCAAUCUACUAAACCCACCAUCAGCGCAGGACUCGGGGGCCAAUGGUGAAGGUGACAAGACGGCAUCAGCACUCGAGGCAGCCCCGAGGCGCAGGGCGGGCGUUCGCCGGCCUGACAUCAUUCGCAAGGCGGAACAGGCGUUUGCCCGGUACGGUGAAGCGCCGAAGCCAUCAGUUGCUCCCUCCAAGUCUCGUGUGGGUUCGGUUUCGAGCGGCAGAAACGGAACGCAUACUCCCGCUGGAGACGCUGGGGAGGGCAGUGACACCGAGGAGCUCAACGAAGGAGACACAGUCGAAGAGGGCGAGGAUACGGAGAUGAAGGACGACACUGCCAUGGACGUCGAUGAAGGGGACGAGACGCGGGCACGAGCCACGGCAGCAUCUAGUCCGCGGGGUAGCAUUUACGAUUCCGCAGAUGACGAGAGUGAACUUAGCGAUGUUCCGGACGACUGGGACGAGCAGCCGCCUCCUUCGCUCAUGUUUCCUAAUCUCAGGAAGAGCGUGGAUUCCGGUCGGGCCGAAGAGACGAAUAAUUCUAGUGACGGGGAUGACGAAGAGGGAGAAGAAGGUGAAGAAGAAGAGGGGGAGGAGGAGGAGGAAGAGGAAGAAGAGGGUGGCGGCGAAGAGGCUGAGGAAGGUGAGGAGGAGGGUGAUGAAGGUGAUGAGGUUGAGGAGGGUGAGGAGGGCGAGGAGGGUGAUGAAGGUGAGGAGGGUGAGGAGGGUGAGGAGGGUGAUGAAGGUGAAGAGGGUGAUGAAGGGGAGGAGGCUGAUGAAGGGGAGGAGGCUGAUGAAGGGGAGGAGGGCGAGGAAGGUGAAGAGGGUGAAGAAGGUGAUGGUGAGGAAACGGAAGAAGCUGAAGAAGCUGACGAGGACGAAGAGGCUGAAGAUGGAGAGGAAGCUGAGGAGGGCGAAGGUGAUGGUGAGGAGGAAGAGGAAGAAGAAGAGGGAGAGGAAGACGAAGACGAGGAUGCGUAGAACUCUCGACAGUCUUCAGAGACCUUGACGGCCUUGGGGUUCUAGUUUCUUGGUGGGACGGCGUUGUUUGGCAUGGUGUUUCCUCUCUGACCACGGAUAAUGGCGCGCCGACUGGGCUGUGUCAAAAUUGUGAGUGUUUUGCAGUCAGAGGUUAUAUAGUAGCAAGUGUGGUUCAUAUGAGGCACAGUCAUAGGCGUAUAGGACAUUUAUAUAAAAUAGAUGCUCACAGUUGAUUUUG